AUGAGACCGAAUGGUGGUGGAAGUGGAGGUGGUGGGAGUUUAGGCUCUUGGGGCGUAAAUGCACCGAAAAAUUGGAAUCAAGGUGGAAGUAGUGGUAGUGGUGGUAGUGGAAAUAUGAUGUCAUUAACGCAACAUGGUGGGGUUAUGAACAUGAAUAAUGGUGGUGGUGAUGGUGGUAUGCCACAAGCAGGUGGCAUGAACGAUAGCUACGGUGGCAUGCAACAGAGCAACAAUUAUAUUGGUAUGUCAGGAGGUAUUCAAUGUGGUUACGGUGGGAUGUCAUCAAAUAGGGGAAUGAACAAUGGUGGUUUUGGCGGCGGCGGUAGUGGGGGUAGUAGCCUUCCACAAAAUAAUAAUUUUGGUGGGGAUGGGUUUGAUAAUUGUCCGCAACCUUCAUCUGAUCGACUGAGUGAGUAUAUUGAAAAUGAGCUGCCUUAG